AUGCUCAACACCAACCCCUACCCGGUCCGUUCAGUCCCGCCGGCCGACGCACCCGACUCGGCGAAAGACUACCAGUGGCGGCUCUGGGCGGCGCGCGAAAUCCAACAGCGAUUGCUUCUCGCACUGUACAUGCUCGACGGCCUCACUUCGCACAUGUCCGGAGAGCCCACGUCGGUGCGCCACACCGCGAAUCAAAUGCACGUGCCGAGCAACGAAGCCGUGUUCGAAGCCUCGACCGCCAAUGAAUGGACCGCGCAGAUGCGGUCGGCAGCGACCAGCCAAAGCACGUCCACCUCCUUUCGCCUCAUCCUGCUUCAUCUGUUCAAUACAGGCGGUCCAGGGGAGGCAGCAUGGCUCGACACCACCCUAUCAGCCUUCUCGUACAAGAUCUACGAGAGCAACAGUCUGGACGCGUCCCUCUCGUCCGCCGACCGUCUCGAGACUCUCCUCCGCUGGCACGCCCUCUGCCUGGACACAAGACUCGCUUCGUCCCUCCUGUGCCGCAACCUCUCCGCAAAGUACGACAUCAGGCAACAUAUCUGGCGGGACACGCACGGGCUGCACGCCAACGCAAAUAUGGACCUAGCCACCUGGCCGACGACGCCCGCCGCACGCCUGGCCUUGUUGCAUGCAACGGCGAUCCAGGAAAUCAUCGAGCAGCUCCCCCAUGACCGCGCCCACGCCAUCCACAUGCCGGGUUCGCUCUUCGCGGCGUCAACGGUGUACAGCGUGUUCGACCUCGGGAGCGAGUCCACGGUCAAGAUCCCCAGCACCGUGACGUGGCAGGACGCCUUUGUCGACGAUCGACCCAACGCCAACGAUUCGGUUUAUUCACAUUCACCGCCGGUCUGCAGACUUCCUUCCAUGCAGGUCGCCGAGUCCGACACGGCGCGGUAUAUCCGUGGGGAUCGCCUCCAGGGGGCCGGAGUCACGUCGCGGAACCUGCUGUAUGAGCUGAGCUCGAUGCAGAAGCUGUUUGGAUGUCUGACAGCGCAGUGGGGGGCGGCGGUUGACAUGGAGGCCGUGGUCGACAAGUGGAUUGAGCGGUGUCGGUGA